AUGCACAGCAACAAAGUAACACCACUCAUUGAAUCUUGUAGUAAUGAAUCACUACCCAAUCUUAUUUCUAAAUAUCCUGUAUCGAACCCAAGUUCGAGAAGGAAUAGUAUUAUGCAAAUCCCACCCUCUCUUCCUGAUAGAACACCAGUUUACGCCAAUAAUCCCAUCUAUUAUGCUCCACCAGUGAAGGAAUUCUUCUUUCGUGAUUUGUCGGACCAAGAGUCUGUCCCAACCACAGUUCAUAAUUUAAAUACUUAUGUGAUGACCAAGACGGCCAACAAUGAACAAAGUUUAGAGUCCAUCACUAGUAUACCAAAUUCAACUCCAGUUCAACAAGUACAAGCUCCACCUUCUUCCAGUGUUUUUAUUCCAAAUGUUAAAAGUACAAACACAAUGUCCUCCACCAAAUCCCCAAAUUCUAAGUUAUCAUCCAAUCCAAAUUCUAGGAGAAAUAGUAUGCUCCAAAUUCAACCUCAAGAAAAACUUGCUCGUUCCAACUCACUUUAUUAUGUUGCUCCUUCUCGAGAAAUUUCCUUCCACAAUUUGGCAGAGCAAGAGUCGUUGGCAUCAAGCUUUAAAACUAGUACAAAAAAGCUUUUUGAUAACGAUUCUAUAGUUACGCCACAAAGUAUUACCGGAGAGGAGAAGAGACCAACUUCUGUUGAAUUGAGGCCACAUUUUUAUAUUUGCUCAUUCAGAUGUUUAUUGAUCACCAUGAUGCUAGUAAUGUUAGUGAUACCAGUUCUUUCAUUAAUAGGAAUUUCUAUUGGAUUUUCAAUUCUUGCUUCCAAUGAUGUUAAAAAUCAAGUAAUGGCACAGUCAUAUUUCAGAGCAGAGUCUUAUGUUUCCGACUUUUUGUGGAUAUGUAUGGAGGCAACAAGACAACAGAGACAUGCCAUCUAUAGGAGUUAUUUUAUGAAUGAGGGUGGCCUUAAUACUAAUUCUUCAACUAGUAACUUUUACUCUUAUGAAAAUUAUGUAAAUAUUUUAAGGUUACUAGCUGUAAGCCAUCAUCAAUAUAUAGGAAAGAUAUUCUUGGUGGAUUUUACUUGCCCAAAUACAGAUUAUUUGUAUGUUGAUGAAAGUUAUGAACUAGUACUUCCAGUUUCAAACGAAGAUGAGGGGCAAUUCGACAAUAUGCAAAGAGUUUUUCUGAUGAAGCAGGCAAAUGAUGAAACAUUUCAGUCGUUUUACUACUUUUCGAAAUAUGGAAAAUUGAGAACUGUCACUGAUUCAGAAUUAAUGGAUAAAUGGGACCCAACUCAAGGAGAGUUCUACAAAUUAGCUCUCAAACACAAAGAGGCCCUCGUUCCAAUGGAUGUUCAAUGGCAGGGAUCGUCAAUUGAGGAAAGAAUCUAUACCUGCUACCAAUCUAACGUUUAUUCUCCAUAUGAUUCAACUUUUCUAGGAAUGACCAGUAUCAAUGUUAACAUCAAAUACUUGUCAGAUUUUGUUAGAUCGUUCUAUGUUUCUCCAAAUUCUUUUGUAGCUAUUGUUGAAUUUUUCACUAGAGAGAGCAAUAGCGGUGCACCCGUUCUCCAUAAGCGUGUUCUUGGGUUCAAGAAUUCAUCAGCAAUAGCAGUUUUUGAUGAAAGUUCCACUUUCGAUAUCAGAAUUGCUGAAGCACACGAAGUUUCAGAUCCUUUACUGAAACACGUAUUACUCAACAUCUUACCAAGUGAUUACUCUGGCUAUAAGAAUAAGUCCACAGCUGAGUAUAAUCCACAUUUGAAUUCCUUUUCCUUUAGUGGUGAAGACUAUGUUGUUGCCCAUGGAGUAGUAAAAAGAACAGUCGAUUUGAACAUGCAUUGGAUUGUUGUCGUAGUUGCUCCAGAUGGUGACUUUGUCAGUAAUGUUAUGCUCAUGUUGGGACUAACAAUUGGUAUCGCAUUUGUGUGCCUUGCUUUUGGUGUACUUUUUAGUUGCAUAUUCUCUCAAGCUGUGUCCAAACCAUUGAGAUUCUUCUCAAGAGAAAGUAAGGCUCUCUCAAAUUUAGAAGCUCCAAAAACUUCAAAAGUUUACAACACCACAACUGAAAUUCAUGAACUUUCUAUUGCCUUUGAUAAGAUGAAAACAACUGUUCGAUCAUUUAAAAAGUUUGUUCCAAAUGAACUACUGAGAGACAUGUUGAAGAAUGGUAAUGAAAUUACUUUGGGUGGUAGGCUUGUUGGUAACUUGACAAUAUUUUUCUCAGAUAUUGAAAAUUUUACAACAAUUAGUGAAGAAUUGGAUCCUGAAAUGUUGAUUCAACAUGUUUCUGAAUAUUUUCAUGUGUUGACAGAAGAAAUUAUUUACGAGAAUGGAACUUUGGAUAAGUAUAUUGGUGAUUCAGUAAUGGCCUUCUGGGGAGCUCCUGACACAUCAGCAAUUUCUGGUUUAAGAGGAUGUAGAGCUGCCUUGAGAUGUCAACAAAGAAUGUCUGACCUUAGAAGAAAAUGGCAAAGGGAAGCAAAGCCACUGUUUAGGUGUCGUAUUGGGUUACAUAGUGGGUCCUGUGUUGUUGGUAAUAUUGGAAGUAUUUGGAGACUAAACUUUACCAUUAUUGGUGAUUCUGUAAAUUUGGCUUCUCGUUUGGAAGGAACAAACAAGUUUUAUGGAACCAGCAUUCUGUUGUCUGAAGAUACAUUCCUCCAACCUUAUGUUGCCGAACAAUUGGAGGUGAGAAAGAUUGACCAAAUCAGUGUGAAGGGUAAGAGUGUUGGUUGUGUUAUAUAUGAGUUGCUUGGAAGAAGAACCAACAAUUCAAUUAAAGAACCCUCAAAAGAUACAAAGAGUAGUAGACCUCUCCCAACUCCAAACGAUGAAAUAAUGAGACUCAGACAAAUAUACGAAAGAGCGUUGGAAAUGUAUGCAUCUGGAGAUUUUGCUCAAGCUUUACUAUUCUUUGAGGAAUGUCUAAAGAUUCGACCAGAAGAUGGCCCUUCGAGAACAUUGAGAGAAAGAUGUAGAGAGUACGCUGUUCAUCCACCAAGAGAUUGGAAUGGUAUUUAUCACAAUACAGAAAAAUAA